GGUUACUGUCUGCGCAAAGAGGCUGAAUCUCCAACGUUCUGCACAGAAACCACUUUCACAGAGCCAAAUUUUUCUAAAGGACAGUUCUUGUAACACACGCUGUUUAAUGUGACGUUCUCUGAGGUGACAUGGGAAUAUUCCCACAUUGGAAUCAUAUGGCUGGUCAUUUAUGGGAUUAUACUCUCUGUGUCCAGAGCAUUCUACAUCUGCAUCGACCAAUGACUAAACUGUGCUUUUCCUCUAUAUUUUCAAUCAGCCUAGCAGAAUUUUUCAAUAGCAAUAACCUUUAUCUUGAGAGCCUUUUAACUAAAAAAUGCUUGAACAGGAGCAAGAUCAAGUAUCAAGAAAGCGUCAUGAAUCCAGGAGUAGUGUGUCUUCCAAUACUGCUUCCUCAUCUGAAGGAUCUUCCUCAUCAAGUGACUCCUCCAUUUCAAUGCCCCCUGCUCCAGAUGGGGGUUAUGGAUGGGUAAUCGUCCUCAGUGCUUUCUUUGUUAUGGUGAUAAGUGAUGGACUGACAUUAUCAUUUGGUGUACUUUUUACGGAGCUGUCGGAUGUUUUCGGACAGAGUAAAGGUGUUACCUCUAUUAUUGCAUCCUUAUUUUAUGGAAUCCCUCUGGUUUGUGGACCUAUAGCCAGUGCCAUUGUAACUAAAUUAGGAUGCAGAAAAGCCCAGAUUCUUGGAGGAUUGAUCACAAGUGUUGGAGUCUUGGCUAGUGCCUUUGUGGAUUCCAUUGGCCUUAUCUGUUUUACUUUUGGUUUCGUUGCAGGAUUUGGGCUCUCUAUUGGGUAUGUUAAUUCACUGGUCAUUGUGGCCUACUAUUUUGAGAAGAAACGAUCCUUGGCCACUGGGUUAUCUGUAUGUGGGUCUGGAAUUGGUACAUUUGCAUUUGCUCCAUUUUUAGAGUUCCUCAUUGAAGAGUAUGGAUGGAGAGGAUCUUUUGUCAUUCUUAGUGGCGUGACUUUAAAUUUGGUCGUUUGUGGAGCCCUUAUGAGACCUCUGGAAUUUACUCCUAUGGAAGAAUGGAGAAGAAAUUUAGAAAAAUUUGAAAAUAUGUCAAGAACGAUUUCAAAAGCUAGUCUGCACAAUCGCAGUCGUCAUGUCAGUAAUUCAGAUGAGCUGAGUUCGGAUAGUGAAACAGAAGAUUUAGCUCAGAUAGAGCAGCUUAGUCACUCUCAGGUACAACUUCCUACAUUUAUAAAGAAAUCCAGAAAUAUUCCAAUUGAGAUGUUAAGUGACAUAAGAAAAAAUGGCAGCAACUUGCAGCAUAUCCUGAAGCAAUACUUUCAAAACUUGGAUGCAGAGAACACAAAAAAUAAUACAUCUUAUCCAGACAUAUCACCUAGCAACCAACUAAUGGUCACAAGUGAUGAACAUAUUGUCUUUGCUGAUGAAGAUGGGAAUGUUGUAGAUCAAGUGGUACAGAAAAGACACAAGAAAAAGCCUAGCUCCCAGAAGAAAAACCCUUCCCCACAGACAAUUAUGCAAUAUUAUCCACUGUACAGAAAAGACCUUUUCUAUAGAAGGAGUUUGACAAAAUUUACAUCAACUCCACAGAUCAGAUCUAGGAGUUGUCCAGAACUACACCUAGAGAUAUUAGAUGACAGUUCCGAUGAAGAAGAUGAUGACUGUUUUCCUAUACCAAGGCUCCUGAGAUUAUCCAAACACAUCAAGAAAAUGUUCAAGUUGAUGUUUGAUUUCAAAAUCAUGAAAAAUCCUUCCUUUCUUCUGUUUGUGGUAUCCAACUUCAUCUUGUACUUCUGGUAUGAUGUUCCAUAUGUGUUUUUGAAUGACAUUGCUAAAGAAGAGGGAAUAGAAAAUCCAGCUUUCAUUAUCUCAGCCCUUGGAAUUGUGAAUACCUUUGGGCAGAUUAUGUAUGGGUUUAUAGGGGAUAAGAAUAUAGAUCUGACUUUGCUCUAUGGAGUGUCCAUCAUGUUCUCAGGGUUAGCUGUGAUGGUUGUGCCAUGGUUCAUGUCUUUCAUACCACUGUGUAUAAUUGCAGGACUAUUUGGAUUCUUUAUCAGUGCCAACUAUGCAUUGAGUACUGUGAUUCUGGUGGAAAUUGUUGGGAUUGAUAAGCUGACUAAUUCCUAUGGACUAACCAUGAUGAUGCAGGGAUUAGCCAAUAUUAUAGGACCUCCUGUGGCUGGUUUUCUGUAUGACAUGUCAGGCUCCUAUGAUCAUACAUUUUUGGCGGGAGGAAUUUUUAUUGCAUUGUCUGGUGUCCUACUGAUCUUUGUACCAAUAGGAAAAUGCUUGAAGUCUUUCAUUAAAAAGAAACCAUACGUCAGCAGUAGAACUCCCAAACAGCGAGAAAUCCUGGUGGAUAAUGCCGAUUGUCAGAGAAACUUGGUCACUUCAAAUGCUGAAACAUGUGUAUAAUUUCUUUUGUGAAUUAAUAUUGUGAAAAA